ACUAUUACCAUAAUAUCCAACCCAAUCAACACAAAACCUCACUUUAUCAUCACUACGUACUAUACUACUCACUCACACUCUGCAUAUAUACAUAACAAACACCACAUUCCUCCUCAACAACCACAAAUCCCCUUCUUUUUCUCCCAUGGAUGACUCAAUGAUAAUAUUCACAAUCUUUUGGGUCCUCUUCUUAUUCUUAUUCGUUUUGAACCCUAACAACCAACCUCCUCUUCACCCCUCCGAACAAAAUGCAUUCUACCAUGUUCUCAACUCCCUCAACCCAACCAUCCCUUGGCGCACUCUCUUCCCCGACGAUCUCUGUAUCUCAGCCCCACACCUCCUCCUCUGCGACACCUUCCCUUCUUCUCACCAUCGUCAAAAAAACCAAACACUAACUUCACACAUUGUUGAACUCAACUUCGGUUACAUCUCCGAUCAAACCCCUAUCCCACCUUGUUCUCUUAACGCCACUCUCAACCCUCUUCUCUUCAUCUCUUUCCCCUACCUUCGCAAAAUCCUCUUCUCCAAAUGCUUCAACAACUCACUGAAACCCAUUCAACUCGAUUCAUUACCCUCUUUCCCUCCAUCUCUCCAAGAACUCGUCUUCAUCGACAACCCGUCUGUUGUCUCACCUCUGGAACCUUUUCUCCGCAACCUCAUCUCUCUCAAGAAACUUGUCUUGAUCGGAAACGGUUUCUACGGCGAACUUCCGCCGCAGAUAUGCGGUUUUCAUGACCUGGAAGAGCUUACUCUUUCUAGAAACAAUCUCUCCGGCGAGGUUCCGGUGAGCAUCGGAAUGCUGAAGAAACUGGAGAUUCUUGAUCUCAGUCGUAAUAACUUUGAAGGGUGUGUCCCGGAACAGGUUGGGAAUCUCAUUUUGCUUGUGAAACUUAACUUGAGCCAUAAUGAGUUUGGUUGUAAAAUACCAGAAAGUUUUAUUCAAUUGAAAAAGUUGGAGUAUUUGGAUUUAAGCUUCAACCAUUUUGGUAACUUUGGUGUCCCUUUGUUCUUAGGAGAAUUUCACAAAAUGAAGGAAGUUAAUCUAAGUGGAAACUCACUCUCUGGUCGGAUUCCGGAAAUAUGGAAAAAACUUGGAGGUGUUGAAAAAAUAGGAUUUUCUAAAAUGGAUUUGGUUGGUGAAAUCCCAGCUUCAAUGGGGAUUUAUUUGAGAAAUCUGUCUUAUCUUGGGCUUGAUAACAACAACCUUGAAGGUUCUGUUCCUGAGGAAUUUGGGUUUCUUUUGAAGUUAGCGAAUGAAAUAAACUUGGAGAACAACAAUUUGAGUGGUACAAUUUCUUUCAUUUGUGAAGGAGUUGGACAGAAGUUGAAGCUGGCAGGAAAUAUGGGGCUGUAUUUGGAAAACAACAAUGAUAGCUGUUCUUGUGAAAAUGGAGGUAACUCGGAUCAACUUAAUCCCUGCAAAACAACAGCGGUUAAUGGGGUUUCUUUGCUGGUUUUUGAUCCUCUUAUGUUGGUUUCGGUCUUCAUCAUUUUGUUUGUCACUUGAUUUUGAGUUUUCAUUUUUGUUUUUGUUUCCACUAAAAAAGAAUUACUGAUAUCUGUUCACAAGAGUGUGACUCAAGUGUAAAUGGAUUUGAUGGUAAUGAUAGUAGUAGAAGUGAACAAAUGCCUAGAAUAGUUCCUAAAAAAAAAGAGUUUCAAAUAUGUAACAGGAAAAGCAGAGCA